AUGUCGAUAUCUUCAAUGAUUCCUAUUUGUUAUCGUAAUUCUAAUUAUAUUAUUGUUAAUAAACCUUUCAACGUAUUGUCUCAACCUGGUUACAUUGGAAGUUGGAAAUGUGUUGGUUUGAGUUCUCCUGUUGUACCUGUAUUAUUGGAUGAUUUGAUAAAGCAGAAUGCUGGUAAAGAUGAAAAUGUUACAGAAUGGAGGACAGUUCAUAGAUUAGAUAAAUUGGUUACUGGUGGUGUUCUCAUAGCCACUAAUAAGAAUUCUGCGAUUAAGUUUUCCAAAAAUCUUAGAUAUGGAGGGAAUAAAGGUUAUAAAUUUACUAGAAGGUAUGUGGCCUUAGUUGAAAAUAGUUUAAAUGUUAACACAAGGAAAAUUCCAGAGUUUGGUCAAAUCAACUUUGAUGGUAUGAUCUCAAAUUACAAGCAAUUUGAUGAAAGCUGUUUUAUAUUUGAUCUAGUCACUGGUGGGAAACACCAAAUUCGUAAACAUUUAUCACUAUGUUUAGGAAGACCUAUAUUAAAUGACGUUAAAUAUAAUGCCACACCUAUUACUGAGAUAGAUAGGAAUCAAAUAGCAUUACAUUCAGCUUGUAUUAAAACCAAUAUUGGAUUGCAAAGUAGAGAACAUUUGAUUCCAAUGAUAUUCAAUAAUGAUGGCUUACUGUGGAAACGCAAGUACGUCAAUGAAAGAGGAGAAUUUUUAGAACAGAUACAAGAUAUAUUGCUAGAAGAAUGGGAUGAGGUUACUAAUGACAGUGUAAUCACAAGAAGUAUUAAUGAAUCUUUAUAA